AGCGACUAAACUCCACAGUGUUCCUGCAGCCGCCUGGUAGACACGAUGAGGGCUGCGCUGCUGCUGCUGCUGCUGUUUCUCACUGUCAUCUCUGUCAGCGCUGCUGGGGGAAAAAACAAAAAAGAGAAAAAUAAACCCUCACAGUCCGGGUCAGAAUGCACUGACUGGCGCUAUGGCAACUGUGUCCCUAGCAACGGGGACUGUGGAGCAGGGUUUAGGGACGGGUCAUGUGACCAGCAGAACAAGAAGAUGAAAUGUAGGGUACCAUGCAACUGGAAAAAAGAGUUUGGAGCUGACUGUAAGUAUCGGUUCGGCAGCUGGGGAGAGUGUAAUCCAAGCUCUGGCUCGCGGACCAGAACAGGGACAUUGAAGAAGGCUCUGCAUGAUUCACAGUGUGAACAGACUAUCUCUGUCUCUAAACCCUGCUCUGGAAAAACCAAGACGAAAACCAAAGGAAAGAAGAGAAAAGCCAAGGGAAACUAGUCUGAAGCAGCUGUCCUCUCACUGUGGCCCCAACACUUCUACACUUAUAGCCUGAGUAUUAUACACCAUUUUGAAUGCACACUUCAUCUGACAUUACGUAUCCUUCUGGACUUUUUACAAAUUGUAAAUGUGCAUUCAUCUCUAGAUUAGGACUAAUAAAGUGAUCAUGACCUGUAUCAGCCAGUGUUCAAACUGCAUUUUUCAGACUGCAUUUUUAAGACCACCAAGCUAGAAAUUCCUUGAGAUAUUUCAAAAAAUGUAUUCUGUUAAGGUAUUCUCUUUCUCAAGCCAACACAUUCUUAUUUUAAUCUCUCACCAUAGUGACUUGUAGAUGAAAGGGAAUGUAGAAUAUAAGCGUUAUACAUUUGCCUAGGGACCACACAAGCCCCAAGUUAUUUUAUAAUAAUAAUACAAUACACAGACAGCAAGUGAAAGAUAAAGAAAGGUCUGACUAACUGCACAAAUGUUGACACUGCUUUCCAAGGUUUGAAUAAAGUGAAGUUGAGAAUAAA